AUGGGUUGCUGCUGGUCUGUCAUCAAAUGCCCUUGCCAAUGUAUCAGUUGUCGUAAGCAAACACGCUCGAUUGCCGAUGUCUCAAUAGAGCACAUUUUCAGUUCUAACAUCCACAUGUCUUCUUCCUCUGUGUUGCCUGACAAUUCUGACUGGAAUCUUUCUUUUCUUCUUCUACCACCUCACAGCACACAUAAAAUGCCGAGUCAUCAACGCUAUCAUAAAGCGUUCAGAUAUAUUGCCGAAAAUGUCAAAGAAUACAAAAAUCCAGAGAACUUUUCGCUUUGGCGCAAAGAAAGCAAACAUGCGGAGUCAUAUACAGGGAAUAACCGAGAUUUCAAUAGAGCGCUAUACAGACGAAUGACUAAAAUUGCAAGAAAAUUCCAUGCGGAAGGAUACACAUUUCUGGAAAAAGUACAUUUGGUCUUCAUUUUUAGCUGGCCAGUCAGCGAUCUGUUUGUGGAAAUAGUACAAAAAGCAAAAUGUACUAUCAAACUAGACCGAGAAAAACGGAUUUCGUAUUUUCGCUCUGAAGACGGAAGUGUCAUUUUAUCAUCUGAUCAUAAAGAAGAGGAAAAUUUCUUUAAAGGAACAUUGUUAACCACGAAAAGAUACCGUAUACUUUUUUCCGCCGGAAAGUCUAGAGAAGUUCGUCCUAGUCAACCGGCUGACCCGGAACCAGCAAAUGAUACAAAUGAUAAUCGUGAUAAUCCAGAUUCAGAAGAAUUAGAAUCUGAAGAUGAAUCUCCGACGAACAUCUCCGAUAGCCAGGAUUCAGAACAUUCCAGAAUCCAAGACGGACCAAUCAAUAGAACGGUUAAUGAGAAUGAGCUCGAUGAGCAAGAGCUAGAAGACGCGACCUAUUUGAAGAACGAAAUAAGCUUUGAUAGAAAACCGGAAAAGCGUCUUCAGAAUUUUUGGUCCUCCAAAAAUGCGAAAAGGGUAAAAAUCGAGGAAUGGGAUCAGGAUUUUUUCACUGCUCCAGAUGCUCCAGAAGCUCUUGAUAAUCCAGGAGAGCCAAAAAUCUGUGUUUUAUUGCUCGCGAAUAACAUUGGAAUCACUGCUUUGUACUGUGAUCUUGAAGACGUUCAGAAGAAGGCGUCACGUGCAAUUGAGAUGAUUAAAACGGAGGAAAGGGAAAUGACUCUGAAUGUGGCGGAUUUCAAUAGUUUUAUCGAUUCAAUGCUCAAAAGUAUCAAAAGAUCCAAAAAUCGAUAUUAUAGCCAAACUGAAAAAUCAUUGCCAAUUAAAACAAUCUACAGACACAUUAAACUGUCUCUAAUUCUCCCAUUCGGACUAGAAGUUACUGGCGAAGCACUGAAAAUAGUGGACAAGGAGAUUGAAGAGCUAAGAGAGAGCCAUGAUGAGACUCUGAUUGUGGCUGAUUUCAAGAGUUUUAUCGAUUCGAUGCUCAAAAGUAUCAAAAAAUCCAGAAUUCGAUUCUCUAGCCAGACUGAGAAAUUUUUGCCGCCUAAAACAAUCUACAGACACAUUAAACUAUUUCUAAUUCUCCCAUUCGGACCAGAAGUUACUGGCGAAGCACUGAAAAUAGUGGAGAAGGAGGUUGAAGAGCUCGGAGAGAGCCAUGAUGAGGUUCCAUUGGAAACGAUUCGCGGAAAUUUGGAGUAUUUGCUGAAUUCAAGCACCGGCUUCUGGAUCAGAAAUUGUCUUGUUAUUCUCGAAAACAGUUGUUAUUUUGCACUAAUAAGCUUACGAACCAUUAUUUUUUAA